AUGGCUGAUUCAGCACCUGCUCAGUCCAACCAGCCUCAGAAAAGGAAAUUCAAUGAGGGAAAGAGACACUUCAAGAAGAACAAGAAGCAAAAGCAGACUACCGUCAAGGAGGGUUCCAAUGAAGAAGUCUUGAUCGCCGAUGUCCGCGCCCUACUCGAGAAGCACUCGAUCGCCUCGAAGCCUGCCGAAGACCAACCAGAAGAACAAGCCUCAUCUCCCAAACUACCAGAGCCUUUCACUGAGUACGAUGUCACAAUUGAAGAACUCUCGUCCACUGGCGACGGUCUAGCUGUCAUCCCUGGUUCCUCCCAAGUUGCUGUUGUUCCCUUCACCGCCCCUGGCGACAAGGUUACUGUCAAGAUUAUCAAGCAUCUGCAAGACACAAACUACACCUUGACCGAUUUUGUCAAGGUCCUCGAACCCUCGACCCACCGCGAUGACUCUCUGCCCAAGUGCGGCUACUUCUCCAAGUGUUCUGGCUGCCAGUUCCAAUUCCUCCCCUACCAAUACCAGCUGGACCACAAGAAGAGCAUCGUCGAAAAAGCCUACAAGAACUUCUGCAACCUGCCCGCACACCUUGUCCCUGCUAUUGGCGACACAAUUGGCUCACCUCUGCAAUACGGAUACCGUACCAAGUUGACUCCUCACUUCGAUGGUCCUCCUGGUGGCAGAAGGGACAGACGUCAAGGUGUCAAAGCUGUCUUCUCGGAGGUACCGCCGAUCGGUUUCAUGCUGAAGGGAACUCGUAAGACUAUGGAUAUUGAGGAUUGCCCUAUCGGUACGGAUGCUGUGCGCAUGGGUAUGAAGAACGAGAGAGAAAGAGUCAAGGUCGAACUGGAAAAGUACCAGCGUGGUGCCACAUUGCUGCUUCGUGAAAGCACAAAGCGUAUCGACAAGAAGGAUCUACCUCAAGGGCAGCAGACCAACGGCGCGAGCGAGUCCAAGGACUACAUUGACGAGGACCGUGGCGCACACAUUCAUCGCAAGACAUGCGUCACUGACCAGAACGCUGUUUCGACAGAGUAUGUCGACGACUUCCGCUUCGACAACCCUGCCGGUUCUUUCUUCCAGAACAACAACUCUAUUCUUCCCAGCUUCACUCAGUACAUUCGCGACAACAUUCUGCCAAAGGACCAACCAGCGGAUGCACCCAAGAUCACAAACCUGAUCGACGCCUAUUCUGGCAGUGGCCUCUUCACCGUCACUCUAUCACCUCUCUUCAAGAACUCCAUCGGCAUCGAUGUCUCGACAAAAUCCAUCGAGUUCGCCUCCACAAACGCCAAACUAAACAACAUCCCUCCCACAUCUGCGCGCUUCCUCGCUGGUGACGCCAACAACAUCUUCGCCGAAAUCAAGUUCCCUGCUGCCGAGACUGCCGUCGUCAUUGAUCCUUCGAGAAAGGGUUGUGAUGAGAACUUCCUUGGCCAGUUGCUGCAGUUUGGACCUGAGAGGGUGUGCUAUGUCAGUUGCAACGUGCACACUCAGGCUAGAGAUGUGGGUGUCUUGGUUGGAGGUCUUGCUGGCAUUAAUGGAGGUAAAGGCUUGUAUGAGAUUGAGAGUUUGAGAGGCUUUGAUUUCUUCCCUCAGACUGGUCAUGUUGAGGGUGUUGCUUUCUUGAGGAAGAAGAAGGAUGUUGCUGUUGCUUGA